CCAGCUGUCCGAUUUGGCCGCAUCCCAAAGCGGGAAAAGCAGAGGAUGCUGCUGGAGAUGCAGAACGCCAUGAACAACAUGAUGAGCAACAACAGCCAGCUGCACAGCAUGCUGCACGGCCAGCAGAGCCCCUCGCUUCCCAUGGAGGCCAUGAGCAGCGACGCCAGCUCCUCCGCCUCCUCUUCCUCCUCCUCUGCUUCCGAUUCCCCGUCCUGCUCCAACCCGUCCUCCCCGCAGUGCGCCCAGGACUCAGAGUCCGUGGUUUCCAUGGACACCAACUCCAGCUCCGCCUCCUCCUGCGCGUCGGACAGCGGCGAGGACGAGGCCGUCGUCACCACAGUAAGCCGGCAGCACCAAGAUGCCUUCGCCUACAGCCAGCAGAGGUCGCCGAGACAAAGCCAGGCCUCGCCCUCGUCGGGGACGGGCGCUCUGGAGACCGGGUGCGACAACCGUAUGGAGGGGCAGCAGGAGAGCUGGAGCUGCUGGAACAACAAUGUGGACGUUGGAGGUUAUCAGCACGUCAGCAACACGGCGUACCGGGAGGAGAGAGGAGUCUACGAGCAGCAGCAGCUCCACAGCGCCCCCGGCUGUGAGCCAACAGAAGACAGCCAAAGACAGCACGAACUUCACACGCAAACGGCCUCGACUGGUUACAGCGCGCCAACCAGCUGCAUGAGCAACAGAACACACCUGGUCUGUCCCAUGAACACAUCACCCUACGUGGACCCCCGCAAGCCGAGCCAGGAGAUCUGGGAGGAGUUCUCCAUGAGCUUCACCCCCGCCGUGCAGGAGGUGGUCGACUUCGCCAAAAGGAUCCCGGGCUUCCGCGACCUCCCCGAGCACGACCAGGUCGGCCUGCUGAAGGCUGGAACGUUUGAGGUGAGAGGGCAAAACAAAACACGUCGUGUUAUUUUGUGCUCGCUUUGAAGUGGAGCGGGGCGG